AUUGUUGUGUAAGAAUUGUUAAUUUUGUUAAAGAAAAUGUUUUUUUUUUUUUUUUUGUAAAAUAUGAAUUCAAUUUCUUUAAUCAUUUGCAAUAAUAGAUUUUUAUAAAAUAAUAACAUCAAUCUUUGAGUUUUGAAUUAUUGUGACUAUUGUUAAUUUUAGUUUUUGUUAGUAAUGGAAGAAGACACAGUUGAGUCGAGUGCUUUAAAAGUUAAUGCCGCAGAGAAUAAAGAAAAAAGUUAGUAAAUAAAAUUAUCUUAAUACAUUAUUUAAUGGUUAAUAACAAUUUAAACUUGGUACUUAUCUGAACUAUAAGUUUAUCUACUAUUUUUGUUUACUGUACCAAUUAUUUAAAUGUCACUUUUAAUUUAGGUAGGUGUCAUUAAUGCUAAUUAUGUAACAUUUUUAUUCAAAUAAUUGAUUAUUUAUUGAAUUUUUAAACUUUUUUCUUAACGUAUGCUGUGUUUUUUAUGAGUCAUAUUAUACAUUUAAAUUAUUAUGUUAAUAUAUUACUCCAGGGAUUGUCAUCUACCCCUCAAUCUUUCUAGGAAUAUUGGUUGAUCGUAAUAAAAAUUAAUUUUACCAUUAUUCGGUCUUUCGCGUUGUAAAUAAUCGGAUAAUAAAAUAUUAUUUUUGUAAUCUUCAGCACUUAUGAUACCUUGGAAUUUUCGAAACAUGCAAAUACACAAAUCUACGAGUCAAUACUCAUAUAACUUCAUUUUUUGGUUCAAUUUGGCCAUGUGAAUCUACAUUUUCGAGUAUAAAAAAAUCGAAGAACAAAUAUCAGUCAAGAAUGAAACAGAAAUUCGGAUUCAAGUUUAUGAGCAACUGUUUCUAAUUACACCCUAGAAUUCUCAAAAUGUGCAGAGAAUCAAUGUCAAAUAUCACAUAAGAUAUAAAAAAAAUGUUUACAGAUUGUUUCCAUUAAAAUUAACUUCAAAAAAAUGUAGGUAUACAGUAGAAUUCACUUAAUGAGGACACCGCAUAAAGGGGACAACCACUGAAUGGGAAUAAAUUGGCAUAGUCCCGAAGUAAUGUAUUAGUUUUAAGCAAUUUAACUUUGUUUAUUGGUGAUAAACUAUCAGUUAUAAGGAACAUAUAUAUUUAUAAAUACCUAUUUUCUUAUCGAAAUUGCUAAGAGAAGUUUGUAAAAUAAGGUAAGUGAUGCUGACAAAGACAAUGUGGAUUCAGUCAAAAUUACAACUAGAAAAGCAGAAAAGAGCAUUGAUCAGUUGAGAUUAUAUUUCAUGCAAAAUGGAAAAAAAAAUGCCCAGACAACUUCACUAGAUGUUUGUCAAUAAACAAAAUCUUAAUAAAUUACACAAAUGAACAAUUUUCUGCAGCCUAUCAAAUUUUAAAUUGAUUAUGCAUGCACAUAUUUUUUACAAAAAUGAUUUGGUUUAUCAAUUAAUUUAUAAUAUAUGUGUAUAAUAAAUCAAUCAAUUAAUUAAUUAAUACUACUACUACUGUUUAAUAAUACUUCUCUUAAUAUUUUGUAAAAAAAGUUAUUAUUUAUGUAUGUAAGUAUAUGCACUUUAAUGGUUUUUUCAAUUUUCUUUGUUUAAUCGGUUAAUUGGGACAGUCAGAUAAUGGGGACAAAUAGGUUACUGCCCGAUGUGUGCCCGUUAAGCGGAUUGUACUGUAUAUGUAUAGUAUAUACCUACAGUGUAAACUUACUCUAUACCUACUGAAUGUAUUUAAAAAUAUAAAUAAUAUUACCAAAAUUUAAAUUAUUAGAGGUUGACUAUCUUAAUCUAAGUCAAGACUUAAAAAACAAUUGAAUGUUGUUCACAAGUUGGAAAAGGUGGGCGACCCUUGUACUACAGUAUACUUUUUAUUGCCACUAUAUGUUUUUAAUCAAGUUUUGCAAAUCAUUACACUUCUAAAAAUACUGAGUAUUCAAUCCAAUCCUAACCAUGAUUGAUUGAAUUCCUUCAGAUUUUCCUAUAUUAAGAACUCCCCAUCUUCUUUGUUUCCCCAAGGAAACUUAGCAAAACAGUAAGUGUGUAAAAGAGACUGUAAACGCUUAAAAUGUAUUAUUUAUUUUUUUCACAUCAUGUUCAAUAUAAUAUUAAAAUAUACCAAAGUACAUUAGAAUUGAGGAUAAAAAUGUCCUUGACUAUAGACCACACAAGGAAUAAAAAGCUCCAGGAAAGGAAUAGUUAUUGGCACUUUAAGAAAAAAAAAUUAUUUUUGAAAAGGCCUGGAAAAUAGCCACCCGAUUAUAAAUUAAUGUAAUGUAUUAAAAAAAAAAAAAAUUAUAUUUGUUGUUUUUAUGUGUAUAAUAAACCACCUAAUAUAAUCUAUGUUUUUAAUAAAUCUGUUUUAGAACAUUUGUAGUAGGUAACAUUAUUUUUCAUUGCUAUUAAAAAAAAAUCUAAAGAAAAACUUUAAAAAAAAUAUUUUUAAAACUUUCAAUUACAGAUUCAUUUUUAUUUCUCAAUAGGUAUUAAUUUACAAAAAAGAAUUUAUUUUCUUAAUAUUUUUUUUUACCAGGGCUAUUUUUUCCUAUUACUGGUACAUUAAUGUAUAUGUGUAAGCAUUUAAUAUGAUUUAUUGAUUUAAAAAUUAUUUUAAUUUUAAAUAUUUAUUUGUUUGUCUUAGUUGAGAUAUUGUUAAAAGCCACUGGUAAUGCACCGAUUCUAAAAACAAAAAAAUGGAUGGUUGAAAAAGAAAAAACUGUUGCUGCAAUAAUUGAAUUUUUACGAAAACUGUUGAAACUAGAUUCAUCUGAUGCUUUAGUAAAUAUACAGUACAAAUUUUGUUUAUAACUACUUUAUUUUGUAUAAACCAUACAUAAUUAUUUUAGAUUCUGAGUUGAGUAAGGAAUGUAUUUGUUUUAAAAUGUUUAUUUUAUUUAUUUUCUGUGAUCAACUUUUCUACCAGUACUAAUUGCUCCAAUUUACAAUGAUAGCAUUUUUUCUGAAAGGAAAUCUGACUGAGGUAGUAUUUCAAUUCAAUUGGAAAAAUCAAAUUACCCAAUAAAUGGGAAAAAACAUAAGAAAAAAAGGUUUAAAAUAUAUUAUAAAAAUAUUAUUAAAGAAAAUAUAUAAUGCAUUAUGCAAUUUUGUCAUAAUAUGACAUAUGUAUAUAUAUAUAUUGACAAAGUAGUACUAUUUAAGUAUUAACCAAACUCUGCUCAGAAUCGUUUUUUGCUAACAAUGGUUAAUUGUGUACAGUUUUACAUUUAAUUUCCCCUCUACCUUCUCAACUUAUCACAUCCAACAGUGUUCCCCCUUGUGCAAAACAUGUUAGUCUUUUUAUUUUUAUAUUCAUUGAGAAAAAAGUCAAAUUUAUUAACAACUCAAAAUAUUAAAUUAUUAAAUGUUACAUUUAUUAUGAUUAUAAAUAAAUUAGAGUUCUUUGCAGUUUUUUUAAAAAAUAUAUAUUGCUAGAUUUACAAAUUUUAAAAAUUACAAUUUAUUAAUUCUUAUAUUAACGGGUUUUUAUGGGUGCAAUAUACUAAAAAAACUGUGUAUAUCAAUUAAUAAAACAUAAAAAAAUAUAUAUUAUUUUUAUGUCUUUGUAGUUUUUAUACAUAAACCAAGCAUUUGCACCAUCACCCGAUCAGACGAUGAAAAACCUAUAUGAUUGUUACAGCACAGAAGGUCGUCUUAUAUUGCAUUAUUGUAAAACUCAAGCUUGGGGCUAAAAUUAAACAUUCACAGAAUAUUAUAUUUAAAUUUUUAUCAAAUAGAAUAAGUUUUUUUUUUCUAUUUAUUAUUAGUUUAUUUUUAAAACUGUUUAAUAUGUACACAUUUGUUUGAUAAAUAAAACUACUUAUUAUUGUUAAUUUAAUGUACCAAUGUAUAAAUCCUAGUUUUUAAAUUACGUAUUGUAUUUAAUUUAUAACAACACAUUUAAGCACCAUAGGUUAUGUGAUCUUUACACUUUUAAUUUAAUAUAUUAAAACAAACUCAGUUAUAAAAAUUUAAUAAUGUCUUUUUAGUUGCACAAUGAAAACAGUCUAAAACGUCACAUGUUGCCAUACAAAAUAAAUAAAACAAUCUAAAACGGACCUCCAAGGUACCAAAAAUUUAUAAUCAUGAUAGCUUUAUUUUUUACAGGCAGAUUUUAUUGUAACUUCAAAGGUAUUUCUAAAAUUGUUAUUUUGGCUUAUAAGAACAAUUUAUUUAUUUCCCAAUUAAAUUUGUUUACCAAAACUCCUAUAUAAGACAUAUGACAAUAUCACAUUAGUCUUCUAAUGCCUGAUCACAAUUUCAUGAGUGCUCAAUGGCCAUCAUUUAUUUAUCAAUCAGUCCCUUUCAAUUCUGGUACCAAACUGUCCACUUAUUUUUAGUUCCUAUUCUAUUCUAUUUGAGAGCACGUAAAAUGUUUGAAGAUAUAGGCUUGGAACUGUAUUUUUGGAUAUAGCCCUCCUAUUUUAAAUUAGUAACAAUAAUUCAGAAAGGUAAGUAUUUGCUGGCUGCUGUAAAUAAUUUCUCAGUACAAUAUUUCAGUUGUUUGGUUAUCAAAUUGUGAAUAUAACUCAAGUUUUCAUAAAAUUAAAAACUACUGCCAAGAAUUUAGGGCUAUUCAUACAUCAUUUAACCAUUCACAAAGCUUUAGUAUAUUUCCGUUUAAUACGCUAAAUCAUCAAAAUAACAGUAUUAUCUCAAACAGUACCAGUAAAGAAGACUUUGAUUUUACUCUCAGGAUUGAUGAAAAAGUAUCCAGAAAACAUAUUUAAAUAUACCAA